UCUUAUGAGAAUUUGGGGGUAUCUUCCACGAAGCAAUUUUUUCAAUCCUUGACUCUGGGAGCCAGCCUUACCCUGAUCUGCUGAGAGAACCCCCACUCCUGGGCUGUUCACACACAGCCUCUGGCAGGUAAGCUGCUCCUUGGAUUGUGCAACCGACUGACACUAGCCAACAUCUCUGGUCCCAGACACAACCUUAGGAACCUCCGUCUUGCAGUGUCCAGUUAUGCCCACUGUGUACGGGGAGAUUUUGGCAAACCAGUAAAUUGUCUGAAACCACUAUUGCUUAUUGCUAAAAGCAGCCAAGUCAGCAGGCCGUAAAUUGGCCAUGCAGUAGCCUUAGCUUAACCAAGGCAGGAAGGGAGGGGGGUUUGGGGUGCCACAGAAAGGGCAGCUUGACCCCGCAUCCUUCCUGAUAAGAUUUGUGUUGAAGUUGCUGAUACAUGCAUUUUAGGGGCCCCAAGGCUGCAAACUCUGAAAAAAACCACACCUGGUUAAUCGAUGACCAGAAGGAAACAUCUUGUUUGACCUUUGAAACUGCUCGCUUAACAAGUUUUCUUUAAAUGACAUGUCAUUGUAUUACUAAUGGAUAAAUAAGGGGAAAAAGUUUGAGGCAGGAGGACUCUCCCUCUGGAUGCAUCUUGUGUUCCCCAUCGGCAGAUGGAAGAUUUGGCCCCCGGAAGGCUGCCGCUGUGCCACUCAAGAACCACACUCAGCUUUGGAACCGUGACAAAGGGGAGUUGCAAGGGCAGUGUCAGUGUGCAGAGCCUCCUGGCCGUGCCUCCACCUAGGGGCCAGACAUGCCGGCCAUUUCUGGGAGCUGCAUGGAGCCAGGGCAGUCAGGGAACCUGCCUUAACCCCACUGUGCCACCGACCGGUAGCUGCCUGAGAUGCUGCCAUCAAAAUGUGCUCUCAGCACUGGGCAAGACAAAACCAAGGCAAUCCCUCCCCAAAGAUCGAACAAUGUCAGAGACAGACAGAGAAGGCAGGAUGCAGGAACUUGAAACAACAUUAUUCUGUGGUUUCUUGUGAGCAUUGGGGAAGAAGUGUCUCUUGGAGGGACUUUUGCGUGGAGUGGGCGAUGGCUGGGGAGCUGUUCCUUGGUGAUGGAGUCAGAGGAGAUGAAUGGAGUGGUGAAGCUCGCCUUGGAGCAACAGAAGGGGCAGACUCGGAUGUCUUGGAUAUCAGCACCAAAGUGCAGCUGUAUGGCGUGCUCUGGAAGAGACCCUUUGGGAGGCAGUCUGCCAAAUGGUCCAGGAGGUUCUUCAUCAUCAAGGAGAGUUUUCUGCUUUAUUAUUCUGAGAGUGAAAAGAAGAGCUUUGAAAGCAAUAAGUACUUCAAUAUCCAUCCCAAGGGCGUCAUACCUCUGGCGGGCUGCAUCGUGGAAGCCAAAGAAGAGCCCAACAUGCCUUUUGCCAUGAAGAUCUCCCAUGAGGAUUUCCAUGGUAACAUUGUGCUGGCAGCAGAGUCAGAAUUUGAGCAGGCUCAGUGGCUGGAGAUGCUGCAGGAGUCUGGAAAAGUGACCUGGAAGAAUGCUCAACUGGGAGAAGCCAUGAUUGAGAGCCUGGAAGCUCAGGGGCUCCAGCUGGCCAAGGAGAAGCAGGAGUACUUAGAUAAGCUGAUGGAAGAGACAGAGGAGCUGUGUCUGCAGAGGGAGCAAAAAGAGGAGCUGGAGCGUCUUAACCAGGUGCUAGAGGCAGAGAAGCAGCAGUUUGAAGAGGUGGUACAGGAGCUGCGUCUGGAGCAACAGCAGAUUAAACGGGAGCUGGAACUGACAGCUCAGUCCCUCAAAGGAGUGGAGGAGGAGAAGAAGGAACUGCGAAGCCUGACAGAGUCCUUACAGAAAACACUGGAGGAGCUCUCCCGGGAAAAGCAGAGAACCCUGGAGAUGCUGGAGGAGAAUGAGAGCCAACUUCAGCCCCUGGCCAAUGCUAGCAAGCAGCCGAACCCCACCGGGGGUCUGCACAGCAACCUGCGCCAGAUUGAGGAGAAGAUGCACCAGCUGCUGGAGGAGAAAGUCUUGGCAGAGAGAAGGAUGAAGGAGAAGGAGGAGCGGUCCCGAGCCUUGGAGGAGGAGCGGGAGUUUUACUCAUCUCAGUCACAGGUGCUGCAGAACUCGCUCUCAGAACUGACAGCAGAGAAACAGCAGACAGAGAGAGACCUCAAGGCUGAGAUGAAGGUGCGUAUGGAUCUAGAGAAGAGACUGAGGGAGGCUGAAGAAGCCCUACAUAGCUUGGAACAAGGCUUAAAUUCUCUGGAUCGCAACAAAGAGAAGGAGGAGAAAAUGAAAACAGAUGUCAGCAAUUUGAAAAAGUUCUUUGAGGAGUGCAUCCGGAAUGCCGAGCUGGAAGCCAAGAUGCCCGUGAUCAUGAAGAACUCCGUGUAUCUCCACAAGGCUGCCACCCGCCGGAUAAAGAGCUGCCGGCUUCACCGCAGGAGGUCCAGCGCUUCAUGGAAUGAUUUGAAACAGUCCCAGUCGUUCAUCUUCUCCCAGACAGAAGCCGAUAACAUUGAGGAGCUGAAGGAGGCAGCCAAGAGGCUGAGCCGGGACCAGCACUUCCGAGAAACCCUCUAUCAAAUCAUGAUGUCACAAAAAAAUUCUGCCUCAGGGGACGAAAAGUGAAUCCUCAUCUCCUCCCAUCAGGACAGGGCUUCUGAUCUCAGCUCGUUGUUCACCUCAUCAGAAGUUAAACCACUGGGGUCAGGGGGAGGAUUUGCUCCUUUGUGGGGAAAGGGGCAGGAUGGAUGCAUGCAACACCCUCUAGGGUUGUGGCUUUUAGUGUGCGUUCCUGAGCAGUGCCAAUCUCUCUUUCCCUAGACUGCAGGGAGGCUCUGACAUUCACCCCAAAGCACCUCCCUUUACUUCAGCCAUUUCCAUUAGGAUGUGUUCUGCCAAAAUCCCACAAUCAGUGUUCAAAUGAAUCGUACUCUUUAGCUUAGGGAGUGUCGGGUCAUUUCUUCACAGUCUAGUCCCAGCCAAAUGUAGGUGCUGCUGAUAAACCCCUUUCUUAGCCUAAUGUCCAGCUGACACCACCCUUUCCCCGCCCCUGCCCCACCCCCAUUCCAACCC